AUGGACGUGCAAGCGGCGCCGCUGCGCUCCUGGGAGGACUUCGUGCCCGGCCAGGGCCGCUUCGCCGUGCCGGACUUCAAAGACGUCUCGAAAUGGAACCACCGGGUGGUCAGCAACCUGCUUUACUACCAGACCAAUUACCUGCUGGUGGCGGCCGUGGUCAUCUCCAUCGUGGGAUUUCUGAGUCCACUGAACAUGAUCCUUGGUGGUGCUGUGGUAGUCCUGGUGUUUACAGGAUUUGUGUGGGCAUCUCACAACAAACAGUUUAUUCGCAAGUUUAAGAAGCAGUAUCCAGCCACGUUUGUCAUAGCCAUCAUUCUGUCGAGCUAUUUCCUGAUAUCCUUUUUUGGAGGUGUCAUGGUGUUCAUGUUUGGAAUCACGUUUCCUCUGCUGUUGAUGUUUAUCCAUGCUUCCUUGAGGCUUCGGAAUAUAAAGAACAAAGUGGAAAAUAAGAUGGAAGGCGUAGGGCUGAAGAAGACUCCAAUGGGUAUCAUCCUGGAUCUUCUUGAACAACAAGAAGAAGGCAUUAACAAACUAGCUGACUUCCUAGCUAAAGUGAAGGAAUAAUGUUCUUUUGAUGGGGUGGGGGAAUUGGUUGGUCUUGUCCAAGCUAAUUU